CCGUCCCCCCGCCAUGUCGCCGCCGGCUGCCGGCGCGGCCGCCAACUCCGGCGACGGGACGCCUCCGUCGCCGCGCGAGCUCUACACCAUCCCGGCAUCAUCCGGUUGGUUCCGGUGGGACGGGAUCCACGAGACGGAGCGGCGGGCGCUGCCGGAGUUCUUCGGAGGGGCAGGCGGCGCUGGGUUCGGGACGGCGACGCGGAACCCGCGGAUCUACCGCGAGUACCGCGACUUCAUCAUCGCCAAAUACCGGGAGGACCCGGCGCGCCGCCUCACUUUCACCGAGGUCCGCAGGGCGCUUGUCGGGGACGUCACGCUCCUCCGGAAGCUCUUUGCCUUCCUCGACUCCUCCGGCCUCAUCAACUUCUCGGCCUCCUCGUCCUCGGUCCCCGCGUCGCGGCAGCAGGAGGUGGGGGUCGUCGUGGAGGCGCCCGUGGGUCUGCAGGUGACGCCGCGUCCUCCAGCGUCCUACUUCGCCGAAGAGAAGCGUGUAGCGGCGGGCGGGGAGAAGGAGAACGAAUUCCGGUUGCCGCCGCUGACCUCCUACAGUGAUGUGUUCGGGGAAUGGGCACCUGGGAAGGCGCCUAUAUGCGGUUUUUGCGGUGAGGAGUGCAAUGGUGCGGAUGUUGAGACGCUGCAGGAUGGUUUUAAAGUAUGUUCAAAAUGUUCCAAAAGCAAUAAUGAUAAUAUCAAGGAAGAGGCGAAUAAAUGUCCUGGUGACAAAAAAGAGAAUAUGGAAAAUCAUGCUUCCAGUGCAUGGACAGACACUGAGACGUUACUCCUUUUAGAAGGAGUCCUAAAACAUGGAGAUGAUUGGGAUCUUAUCGCUCAGCAUGUCCGCACAAAGAAUAAAUCAGAAUGCAUAGCAAUGCUUAUUCAAUUACCUUUUGGCGAACAUAUGCUGGGCACAAUAAAUGGUAAAUUCGUUAGCAGGCUCCACAUAAACCAGACAGAUGAUGGAAAAACGAACCAGCACAUUAUGGAGUCUUCAAGUCACUCAACCGAAAUGGCUGAUGGCAUGCAGAUUGAUGGAAGUGAAGAUAGUGCUGAUAAAUCAGUUGAAGAAUAUCCUACAAAACGCAGACGAUUGUUUUUUUCAAUGGAUGCUACCACUUCAUUGAUGGAGCAGUUAGCUAUCCUGACCACAGCAGCUAGCCCAGAUGUUGCUGCUGCUGCUGCUGAUGCCGCAAUUAAAGCAUUUGGCAAUGAAAACCCGCAAGCAAGGAAAGCCUUUCGCCUCAACGAGCAAGAAUAUAAGACUAAGGCUUUUGCUUCUAAUCAUGUCCAACAGAUUGACCACAAAGUUAGCAAUAAGGAUACGGCGAUGCAUGGCCAGAGUGGUUCUGAUAAGCAGGAAAAGAAGUUCAUUGCUAGCGCAUAUCAAUUGAGGGCAGCUGUUGCUACUGCUGUUGGUGUAGCUGCUGCCCGUGCUAAAAUGCUUGCAGACCAGGAGGAGCGAGAAAUGGAGCUCCUAAUGGCGUCUGUAAUUGAAACUCAGCUAAGAAAGAUGCAAUACAAGAUCAAACACUUUGAGGAGCUAGAUUCACUCAUGGAUCAAGAGUACACCGCUAUACAGCAAAUGAAGGGAUCCCUCAUGAAUGAAUGGAUAAAGGUCCUUGAGCAUGCAUUCCGGGCUGGAGUGUCUCUACCGAGAGAUGAAUUGCUCACCAAACUGUUGCUGAACUAGCCGCCCAUCCCAUGAGGACCUGGCUGUAGUCGAGUAGUUCUCUGAUAUGCGUCACCCCCUUGACUGUUGCUGGUAGAUAGCUUCCUGCGUGGGUGCGUCUGUAAAGGUGCCGAUUGUGCUUUCGAUUUCUCAGAAUUUUGGGGAUCAGAACAACCCUUCGUAACUCUUUGCCCUGUUGUACCAAACUAGGUUAGAUGGCAAAAUUGCUGAAAUUUUCUUGUAGCUGUUGACAUGUAUGGUUUCGUUCGUAUGGAUGUGAAAAUGGUACCUCAGUUUUGGAGUUUC